ACUAAAAGUGAAAUCUCAGCAUCAUGACCGGGAAAGACGGAGCUGUGCUUUCCGACACCGAGAACAAACAAACACCCACCGCUCACGGAGGACCCCAGCAGCCGCCCCCCGCGUGGAAGAUGGCCCCCACCGUGCACCGGCGCACCGGCUUCGGCAUCCAGGAGCUGCUCGGCCUCAACAAGGAGCCGCCGCCGCCGCCGCCGCCGAUGACGACGCUGCCGGCCGCCGCCGCACCGAGGCGGCCGCUGGAGGCCUUGCCCCACCGGGCCCAUCUCCUGGCCGCCAGGUCGGCGCUCGGGCACGGCGCUCUGGGCGUGGGCCUGCUGGGGCCCGAAGGCAUCCACUCCUUCUACAGCCAGCCCGCCUUCCUGGAGGUGCUGUCCGAGGCGCAGAAUGUGCACCUGCAGCCGCUGCACCGCGCCUCGCACCUGGACGCGCACAACUCGGCCAGCUCGGAGUCCGAUGACAUGAGUCUGUCCCCUGGAGAUAAUAAGUUCUCCAAAUCAUCUUUGAGCCAGAGCAAAAAAAGAAAGAAAAGACGACACAGGACUAUUUUCACCUCUUACCAGCUGGAGGAGCUGGAGAAAGCCUUCAACGAGGCCCACUACCCGGAUGUGUACGCCAGAGAGAUGCUCUCCAUGAAAACAGAGUUACCGGAGGACAGGAUACAGGUGUGGUUCCAGAACCGCAGGGCCAAGUGGCGGAAGCGGGAGAAGUGCUGGGGCCGCAGCAGCGUGAUGGCGGAGUACGGCCUGUACGGCGCCAUGGUCCGACACUCCAUCCCGCUGCCCGAGUCCAUCCUCAAGUCCGCCAAGGAGGGCGUGACGGAGUCGUACGCCCCGUGGUUGUUAGGUAUGCACAAAAAGUCUGUGGAAACGUCACACAGUCCUCCGGACAAAAACACAGCGCCGCCGAUACAGGAGAAGGCGGCGUUGGCGGCGGCGGACGCGGGGCCCGAGGAAAAGGAGAGGACAAACGGCGAUACGUCUCCCAUCACGAGGGAUGAACUGCGGGUGAACAGUAUCGCCGCGCUGAGAGCCAAGGCGCAGGAGCACAGUGCCAAGAUGCUCGGCACCAGCAGGCCCAAGGCGGAGGCGGAGGACAGGUCGACGGAGGACGAGGCGGCGGACGUAGACGCCUGAGAACACUUCUCCGCAAGCAGGACAUGACAUCUUUAAUGUUAUUUCUCAAUCCUGCAGUUGUAGCUUUAUAGCUGCAACAAAGAAUCUGCCACAGGGACAUAAAGCAGAGCUAGUUGUGACCUUUGACCUCCACGUGACUUGUGAUCAUCAC